AUGAGCUCGCAAGGUUCAAACGCAGUGUUGGUAGAAUCAUCGUACGAACAUAAACGACCAAUAUUACCACCAAAACAUCGUUAUAUGUCAAACUACCUUAAUAUACCGCAUGUAGAUGCCGAAUCUUCAACUGCUAAUGGUAACAUUGGUGUAUUUGAAAAUGGUCUUGUGGAGAGCCCCAUUCUUUCAAAUGGAGAUAUUACGAACGCUGGCGGUAUAAUUCUUCCUGUAAAUCCACCAGAGGACGAUAUAUUUAUUGAUAGUCAGGCAGACCCUUUUCUUUUGGUAUCAUUAAGACAAAAACCACCUCCAAGACCUAAAUUUGAAUUUUUAUUAUAUUUAUUUGGUACCUUGGAUAUUGCUAUUGUUUUUAUCUGUUCCUAUUUUUCAAUUUAUAAUGCUGAAACUGCUAAUGUCAUCAUCACGACUGAUACUAAAUAUCGUGACUUAUUCUUACGUACAAACACUAUUGUCUUUGAAGAAGAAAGUAACGAUUUUAGUGAUGGAUUGCCUGAAGAACACGAUAACAUCUCUCCAAAUGAUACACCAUCCUCUUUACCGUAUUACGGUGCAACCGAUAAUUAUAAUAGUACUUCUGUUGAUAAAGGUGCACGCAUUUAA